ACAACACAAACAAAGGCAUUAUCAGCAAGUCAGGCGGAGUGCUUGGAUACGCACGUAGGCAAAGCAGAAGUUCGUGUGAUCCGUUAGAAAAUGGCUGCCCCACAAGUUGUGAGUGCUGUGCUAUUCCUCGUCGUCUCACUUUUCACGGGAUGUGAGGGCUUUGGAUCGGGGGCUCCGUCCGGAGCCUGUACGACCAUGCAGCCGGGACAUUUGGACAGCAACAACGCAACGGUAUCCGCCCAAACUUCGACCAGUCCCUACUCUAUCGUCCCGGGGGCUACCACCUACACAGCGGGAGGGACUGUCUCAGUUGAGAUCCGCGGCCCGGUGUUCCGCGGGUUCCUGCUCCAGGCCCGCCGACCCGGGAUGACCACUCCUGUGGGUUCCUUCUCCGACGCGCCGAACAACACCAAGCUCACGACGUGCACAACUGCAGCCAGCAGCAUGACUCACGCCAACACUGAAGCCAAAGAGAACAUCACCCUGACUUGGACCGCUCCUUCUCCUGCUGUUGGGAACGUCCAGUUCGUGUGA